GGUUAAAGUACAUCUCUCUUUGGCUACUAGUGAGCCUGCGCCAAGAGUUUGACAAUAUGGGGAAGUUAACAGUACUCUCGCUUUUUGUUGUAGCUCUUUCAGCUUUGAUCGGAGAAAGGCUCAUUGCAAUAAGGCAUGUAGCGCUUUCUUCCAGAGAAUUAACCCAGAACCACCUUCCAAACUGUUACAUAAUAAAGGGAAUAGAGUUUGGGGCUGAAGAUAUUUCCAUACUUGAGGGUGGAUUGGCCUUUCUGAGCACUGGCUUGAAGUAUCCAGGCUUACCAUCCUAUUCGGAGGACCCUGGAAAGCUUUAUACCCUGAAUCUGGUGGAUUCUCCAAUGAAUAUUGAAGCAUUGAGCAUUAAAGGGGAAUUUGACAAAGACUCCUUUAAUCCACAUGGAAUCAGCUUGUACACCGACGAUAAAGAUGGUGCCAUAUACCUAUUUGUUGUUAAUCAUCCUCGAGGCAAAAGUCAUGUGGAGAUUUUCAGAUUUGUUGAGAAAGAAAACUCUCUUCAAUACAUCAAGACCAUUAGGCAUGAACUCCUGCACAAUGUGAAUGAUAUUGUAGCUGUGGGUGCCGAAAGCUUUUAUGCCGCCAAUGAUCAUUACUUCACUAAUGGGAUUCUCAAGUUUCUGGAGCCAUUGCUCUCUUUGGCCUGGUGUGAUGUCAUCUACUACAGUCCUGACACAGUGCAAGUUGUAGCAGAGGGAUUCAUGUCUGCCAACGGCAUAAAUAUCUCCCCCAACAAAAGACAUUUGUAUGUGUCAGAUAUUCUGAAGCACAAAAUUGUUGUCAUGAAAAUACAGAACAACACAAUAUUGUCUCAUGUUAAGGAAGUUGAAGUGGGGUCACUUUGUGACAACAUUGAGGUGGACCGUGAAUCUGGUGAUCUAUGGCUGGGCUGCCACCCAAAUGGUCACAAAUUCAUGCGUUGUGAUCCAAAUGAUCCACCUGGCUCUGAGGUUAUCAAGAUUCAAGACAUCCUCUCUGAAAAGCCACAGGUGGUUCAGGUAUAUGCAGAUGAUGGUAGUGUGAUCAUUGGUUCUUCAGUGGCAGCCCCAUAUGGAGGAAAACUAUUAAUUGGAACGGUUUAUCAGAAAGCUCUUAUCUGUGAUCUUAGGGAAGACUAAAAGUUAAUUAUGAAUGCACUGUUGAUGUUAACACCCUACACCAUCAACCCAGAUUCUUCACAUUUUUUUAAAUACAGAGUAACUCAAGACUGGACUAUAAAUUAUAUCGUAAAUACUGUGAACUGCAUCAUAUAUUUUGAGGCUCCUUAGGCCACCUUAUGCUUAAGGCUUAGUAAAGUCAACAACAUUUUCUUUCCAAGAGCUGAAAUAUUCUGAGUUUAAAACACCAGCAACUAAAGCUUAAUGUAAUGUUGCACUGUGCUGUGCAAUUUAAGAUAAAAGGCAGAGUAAAGUUCAUCAGGUUAACCCCUUGGGGCUCUCUCUCUCUCUCUGUCUGUGUUUUAAUGUAGAAUUCAAAUGGAGUCUUAUAUGGAGUAAUUUAUUAUCUUUAAAAUUAAUAUAAUGAAUUAGUUAUAUUUUAUAUAAUACAUUAAAGUCCCCUUAUAGUGCUUUAACAAAUGCAAUUUGAUUUGGUGUUUUGACGCAUUUCAUACUGAAACAGGAAGUGGUGGCGGGACAUGUUGAAUUACUCCUCCCAUUUUUCAAAAAAGCCAGUAGGCUUUAGUUUAUAGCCACGCACUAGUGUCACAUGCGCUGCACGCUACAGAAUGAACAAGAGUUGCCACUCGGUCCUGUCAUUUGCUUCACAUACACGCACAUGCGCACACACUCAUACAAAUGCAACACACACUGCUGGUGCUUAAUUUUCAUGCAUUGUGUUUAAAGAAUUAAUGGCUGUUAACAAGUAAAUUAACUCUGUUGCAGCUUUGAAAUUUCAGCUCGAGAGUUGCGACAGGAUUAUUCCAGCAUUAAUGGGAAGCUUGAUAUAAUUUCCCAUCAAAAACAGGAACAACUCAAAUGUCUUUCAAAAUGCUUAAAUGAAAGCUCUUCAACUGGAUGCGUGAAAUUAAAGACCGAAAAAUAAUUACUCCAUAAACAUUUAAUGGUAAAAAAAGUAGCAAUAAAACUCAGAACAAGUCUAUUAUAUUAAAUGGAUGUUUUAUUAUAAUAUGUUAGGAAUAUCACAAAUACACAAGUGUUUUAUCAGCAUGUUGUGAUUCAGCCAUAGCAGUCUUGUACCACAGGUAAUCAGAUUUUUUUGUUGUUUUUUUUUUAUUAACAUUUUAAUACUGUCAAGUUAGCUCUGUUGUUGUGCAGCAUUUUAAUUUUCCAAAAAUUUAAAAAAUUACCCAUUUAAUCAUAAAUUUUAAUAAAAACAU